AUUGUUUACUUUAAAGCGCGGGAAAUACCAAUUAAUAUUUUAAAAUUAAACAAAAAAUAGAAUCUAUUGAGUAUUGAUAUUAUAAUUAAUUUAUAAAUUAUAACAUGGAAACAAUUUGCCGUAAACGUUUGCGUUCGGAUGAAUAUCCAUAUCAACUUCAAAGUAAAAUGUUUAUAAAUCAACAAAAAAUAGACCGACUCAACGACGAGAAAAUGAAAAGAAUUCAUAGUAAGACUAUAUCAAUGCUCUUCAGAGGCGCACAAAACUUAGAAAACGCGGAGGCCACUAAACCUCUGGGGAUUGCAGAGAUAUCACAAUUAGUAACUUUAAGCGGAAGCGGCAACUUGGUCUUUGCAUCCAAGGAAAAGCCUGAAGGAUUCCCCAAAGAGAAACUAAGAUCAAAAUGCUGUGCCAAAGAGGCUUUCAUUACCGGCGAUUGUUUCAAUUGCAAUUUGGGACUCUGUGAGUUCUGUGCUUUCUCUUGCAUCGGUUGUGGGCAAUUCUUAUGUGGCAGUUGUAUUAUGCUAUUUGAGUGCGGUACCAACGAACAACCUAUUUGUGAAAGAUGUAAGAUGUUCAAUUGAAAGCCGGCCACUUUUUUGGCUAAAAUUAUUGCAAUUUUAUUUAUAUACAUCUAUGAGGUUAUUCCUAAAAUGUUUUUCAAAAAAAGUACCUUCUGUUUAAGUUUAAAUGAAAUUAGUUUUAUUGUACAAAUGAUUUAAAAAAAAAAGAAUGUAACUAUCUAUGUAUGUCUUAGGUCUGCAUAAUCGGAUUGUUAUUAAAAAUAAAUUUAUUUACGUUA